AUGCCUUUGCCGACAAAUAUUUGGAAUCAUCUUAAAGAUCUUGGUUUGAUUCGACCAUACAGAGGACUUCGUGGUGGAUUGUAUACAAAACGUACCUGUACGAAUCAUAUUCCAACUAUACAUUCUCGAAGAAAUUACUGUUUUAGAUUCCCUGCAACUCAAACCAAAGUGAUUAAUCGAAGCAACCUAUUAAAUAUUCAAAUCGUAAAUAGCUCAACAAAGCAUGACUUUCCUACAAUAUUUCUAAGUAAUACCCGAUCUAUGGUAAAUAAAAUUGAUGAGAUAUGUGGUGCAAUCUUAACGAAUAAAUGUGACAUCGCAGUUAUCACUGAAAGCUGGCUUUUAUCACAUAUAACUGACAAUUUAAUCAGCAUACCAGGUUUUUCAACAGUGCGCAAGGACAGAGCUUCGGAGCAACGAGGGGGAGGGCUAUGUACUUACAUCAACAAAGAACUAAAUUUUAUAGAAUUAGACUAUUUUUCUGAUGUGCAAGUCGAAACACAAUGGUUCUUACUCAAGCCAUAUAUACUACCAAGGAAUAUUAACUCGAUUAUCAUGGUCACAGUAUACCACCCACCGCAAAAUAAUAACAACAUUCUGCGAAACCAUCUAUUCCAAUCCCUCGAUAUUGCCCUAACAAAAUAUCCAAAUUCUGGUAUUAUUAUCCUGGGCGACUUCAAUCAAUUUAAGCCGGGCAGUUUGUGCUCUUCAUAUAAAUUGAAAAAACUUGUUUUAAGACCAACACGAGGAGCAAAUAUCUUAGAUCAAAUUUAUUCCAACCUACAUCGUAACUAUUGUGAAUCAUUAAUUCUCCCUCCUAUCGGCAGUUCAGACUACUCAUCUAUAAUAUUAAAGCCAAAAGCAUAUUGUCCUACUACCCAACACACUACCCGUAUUCUUAGAAGAGAUUGCAGAUUGGCCAAUAAACAAGCGCUGACGAUGGAAUUAUCGCGAACCGACUGGUCUUGUGUUCAACAUUAUACGACGUGCAACGAGAAGUUAACUUGUUUUAAUGCAAUUCUAUCUAAGGCGAUAGACUCUCACCUUCCUAUGCGCAGCAUUAAGCUGCACCCAUCUGAUAAACCAUGGAUAAAUACUAACAUUAAAAAGCUUAUCGCCAAACGACAACGAGCAUGGUUAACUGGCCAUCCCUCUGCAUACUCCUUCUACCGCAACAAAACUACUAAAUUAUGCAGGCAAGCUAGACGCACAUAUUUUAACUCAAAGAUAUUAAAUACUAAGGACAGCAACCCUAAGAAGUGGUGGAAAAACAUCAAAGCUUUGUCUGGAUUUGCAAAGCCACCCUUACCCUCCUGCCUGUAUCAUGAUGGUGAAUUCAAGCGAGGUGCAGAUUUAGCAGAUUUAAUUGCUGAAUCUUUCAGCAAAGUAUCAGAUGAUAUUCCAGCACUGAGUUUUACAAAGUUACCAAUUACUACAAUUCCUAAUGAGUUCAUUCUCUCACCACAACAAGUCGAGUACGAAUUGUCCAAUAUAAAAGUACAUAAAUCUGUUGGUCCGGAUGCAAUACCAAACUGGCUCCUUAAGUUUUGCGCAUCUUUUCUUAGCAGUCCUAUUUGUUCUAUAUUCAAUUCUUCCAUUGCUCAAGGUGCUUUCCCUAACACCUGGAAAUGUGCGGACGUCAUACCAAUCUCUAAAGUACCUAAUCCCAAAUCUGCAGAUGAUGACUUACGACCAAUUUCUCUUACAUCUGUCCUUAGUAAAAUACUGGAACGUUUUAUUUAUCAUUGGCUCCUUUCCUCUAUUCAUCUGCACAUCGAUCCAUAUCAAUAUGGAAACAUAAAGAACUGUUCGACAACUCACCAGCUCAUUCAUCUCAUUCACCAUUGGUUGGUUGAAACUGACAAACCUGGAAACCUAAUUAGAUCAUGUAUGAUUGAUUUCUCAAAAGCGUCAUGA